AUAAGAUCAAAGCAAACAGACUGCAGACAGUGUCUGCAGAUGCUUCGUCAAUCUCGUCUCGAUCGUCACAAAUCGCGCUUGUCUCGAAAAGAAUGCGAGUAGAAAGAUAAAGUGGAAAUCGAAAAAGUGAAAUUGUUGAUACUGUAAGACCCCCCACAAGCUAAACGAUAACGAAAGUACGAUAACAACUGUUACUGCUGCUUGGCACCACUUGUUUCGAUCUUCUAUCCAGUUUAGUCUGUUUCGUUCUGUCUGUUUGAAUCGACCACACGAAUUAUGACCGAUCAAAAUAAUAAAGCUGAAGUCAUCAAUUUCGGUGCCGGUCCGGCUAAAUUGCCACAUGAGGUUCUAAAAGACGUUCAGAGGGAAUUACUCGCAUAUGGAAAUACACAAAUCAGCAUUCUUGAGUUAAGUCAUCGAUCAAAUGACUUUAAAAACGUUAUCGAUGAUGCACAGGCAACACUACGAGAUAUUCUAAAUGUUCCCGACAAUUACAAAAUCCUGUUCAUGCAAGGAGGCGGCACCGGAAUGUUCGCGGCAGUUCCUUUGAAUAUCAUGCACACCGGCACCGCGGACUACUUCGUAACCGGCGCUUGGUCGGCUAAAGCGGCGAAAGAAGCAGCCAAGUACGGAAAAGUGAACAUGGUGCUGCCUAAAACGACAAAGUACACGGAAAUCCCAGAUUCUUCAACUUGGAACUUGGAUCCGAAUGCAUCAUACGUUUACUAUUGCGACAACGAGACCGUGCAUGGAAUUGAAUUUAAUUACAUUCCGGAAACAAAUGGUGUACCGCUUGUCGCCGACAUGUCGUCCAAUAUACUUACGAAACCAUUCGACGUAUCUAAGUUUGCAAUAAUAUUUGCGGGUGCGCAAAAAAAUAUAGGACCCGCUGGAGUCACUUUAGUGAUCGUGCGAGACGACGUGCUCGGUCGUCCCAUGGACAUUUGUCCGACAGUGUUAAAUUUUACCGUUAUGGCAAAUGAUAACUCUUUGCACAACACUCCGCCCGUUUUCCAGAUAUAUGUAGUGGGUUUGGUAUUUCAAUGGAUCAAACGAAAAGGUGGAGUCAAAGGUAUGCAGAAUUUUGCGAAGAAGAAAAGCGGCAAGAUAUACGACAUUAUUAAUACGUCAGAAGGUUUUUAUACGUGUCCCGUCAAGCCAGAUGCACGUAGUAAAAUGAAUAUUCCGCUUAGAAUAAAAAACGGUGACGAAGAAUUGGAAAAAGAAUUUCUUGCUGGUGCUGCAACUCGUGGCAUGCUGCAGCUGAAGGGUCACAGAUCAGUUGGUGGAAUACGUGCAUCUUUGUAUAACGCAAUUAGUGAAGAAGAAGCGGAAACAUUGGCCAAUUACAUGAAAUGGUUUUACAAUGAAUAUCAAAAACGCUAAAAAAUAAUUUUAAUGUUUAAAAAAAAAUUUAAUAUCGAAUUUAAAAAGUUUACUAAAAAAUAUUAGUUGUAAAUGUUUAUAGUUAUAUGCAUAGCUAUAUAACAUACAUAUGGUAUACAACAAUUUUUCAUAUAUAUUUGAAAUAUGUAUUUUUUAAAAUUAAUUAUCAUUAUCUUAUUACAUUUGCAACUUUAUCACAUAUACGAUUUUAUACGAUUUAUAGCAAUUCUUUUUUUAUUGAAUUAUAUGAUGAGCAAACAGUACAUCUAAUUCUCUUUCCAAAUUGGCAUUAGUAUUGCGACAUCCAUCUAUAACAGCUUUUGCCCACUGAAUUAAACAAAAAUAAAAAAAUUUAGAUGUAA